UGGCGCCAUGCAGGGCGCUGCGGAGAAGACUGAAGGCGCGGCAGAGCCUGCAGAGCCUUCCGAUGUGCCGAAGACAUCCGUUAUGUCGAGCCCGAACAAGAUCUGCGCCCCGAAGCCAGGGGCUCAGGCCACGAAGAGGAAGUGGGGCGACGAGAAGAAGUUCGUCGUGGCAGCAAGAGCGUUGCAGAUCGACUCGGCUAGGCGGGGAUACGAGUCACAUGACGUCUGUCAGGUUCAGAAUGGUCGUCUGGUGCGCAUCUGCGAUGUCUUUGGUACGUCAAGAUCACAAGCGUCGAGGACCUCGGAUGGAAGCACCUGGCUUCCUCUAAGAAAGAUCGCGCAAAGGUCACUGAAACUACCCACCGACGCUUCUCCUCCGGCCUUGAAGACAACUGACUUGGCAGUGUCACUUUGGCAGUUCGGCGACUUGGGUCCAGCUGCCUACCUGCCAAGCUCCCUCGCCAUCUCCAGCUGGCAGCCGUUGUCCAAGUUUCCCAAAGAUCUGAUGCCAGUGCGGAGGCCCUUCCUCGUCGUCCUUCCUGUCGAUGGCGACGACAAGGCGUCUGAGCGAGACCUCGCCAACCUGGAGAAGCACCUGACCAGCAGCGAGCAGGGAGCUUUGAUCCGCGUGCGAUCCAUGGAGGCAGUGGCCUGUGCCAGCGACAGCAUCAGCACGUUCAGAACGAGCAGCGAUGAAGUUCUGCUCUUGGUACCCCCAGAACAUCCCAAAGUGAAGUGGGAGAUACAAAACCCGAAGAUCGAGGCUUCUGUCUGUUUGCUGGGCUUCUUCGUCACGCAAAGCAGCGAGGGGGAAGGGAACACUUGUUGA